UUGGACCGUGCAACAUCGUGACCAUAAUUCGAAAAAUCUGAUCGUUGGGGAGUUUUGAUCGUUAUGAUCGAAUAUAUCGAUAUAAUAUUUUGAUAAAUAGUUACAGAUAUCGAUAAGACGAUCCAAUUGAUUAAACAAUGAAAAAUGCACGGGAUGUCCGAUGGAUGUUAUUAGGGUUCGAUAAAUCGAACUGAGAUUGAUCCCAUCGUCAUACCGGAAGAGUAUUGACCGGAAACACUUGACGAGUCGGAUAGCUCUUACGCGACGGGGCAAGUGCUUUUAUUCGUACAAUCUUAAAGUAUCCCUCUUAUUCUUCCUAGUUAUCUACCCUACUUGGAAUUGGAAGUAGCACUGUAGGUGCCCGAGGGCUGACACGAAGUUUCCUUAUAUUUCUUCGAAAGUGGUGCUCCAUGGAAGUUUCGACAAACGUUUUUCGUGCCUCGUGAAUCCGACAAGUUUCCGCCGCAGCGGGUGCCAACUGCCUGGCUGUAUUCCCUCCGUAUUACCCUUAUCCGCCUAUACCUUAAGACAGUCACUCGAAUUUCGCAGCUACAGAGGUCCUUGUACAUUUUCAACUGGAAUUCUAAGAAUUUUUGAACUAAACCCCUUGUCCACUUUAGCCGCGCAACUUUUAAGGGUAUUUCUGGUAUUUCUGUUUACGCAUUCCACUACAUUCAAAAGGUUUAUUUUACCGAGGAAUUCAUUAUCGGCGGAAAUUCUUUGAAGUUUCCUAUUCGAGGUAAAUGAUAUACGUAUAUUUUUUGAAUUUUUAACUACUUUUUACGUAUGUUUUAGCCCUGAAAAUCACUUUUAAUUCAAUAUUCGCUGUAAUAAAGAUUUUAAAACAUUAUCAUACACUAUACACCGGAUGACCGGAACUCGUAUGAAUGAAUAACAAUGGACCGAUUUUAUAAAAGUAGGAAUGACUUCGUUUUCAAAAUAUAAGCGAUAAAAUCGGUUACGUACAUCAACAAUAUUUAUUCGGACGUGUAGAGAAACUCGUCGAAUACGGAAAUGUUAUAGAAGGUAAACGAGAAAUUACAUCGGAGUUUGUUGCGGACACGUGAUAUGAAAUUUACAUUCGUGGGGUAAUUCAAAUUCUGCCAAGUAAUUCAUCCAACGUAAAAAUUCUUACUCGAAAGGAAAAUAUUUUGUAUUCUGUAAUGUAAACGGAUAAUCAGCGCGCGCAGGUGCAUAUUAAUCACUCAAUAUUACUAUCAUAAUACACCUACUAAGGAGCGAUUGGUAAACUGUAAUUAAUCUAUGUAUUCCAUAAAUUUAAUAAUAAUAAUAACAGUAUAAUGUAACAUAGCCUAAAUUGGCUAUCAGCCAAUUCAAUCAAUAUGCAACUAACAUGGAGAACCAAGUGAUUCGGACGACGAUACGUAACAGCAAAGAGAUGCAAUAAAAAUCAAGGAUAAACCCAUGCCUUCAGAAGUUUCACGCUGAAGACUCGGAGGAAUUCAGGAUGUUCACGGUUCUAUUGAUUAUUCUGGCAUCGCAGAGCGUACAUCGAUCGACAGAGGCCGUGUUACAGCGCAGACAUCUGGCAAACAAUCAAAUCGAGAGGGAUUGUCUGACGUUUCCCGAGCCAAUUAAGGAGGUUCUAGCGCAGACGGGAGGUACUGCUGUGUUACCAUGCAAGCUCACCGAACCCAGCGUCGGCAUAGUUACUUGGAUACGCCGUAAAGACAGGCAACUGUUGACUGUUGGUAGUACGACUCAUUCACCGGAUGCUAGAUUCGUUGUCAGACCAUCUUCAUCUGAUUGGUCACUGCUUAUCAAGAAAGUUAAAAAACAAGAUGCAGGCCUAUAUGAAUGUCAGAUUCCUACUGUGCCAAUCCAACAUCAGUUUAUUUGCUUGAAGAUUACCGAAGCGUAUUCGGUAAUCCCAGGAGCCCCCGACCUUUACGUCAAACAAGGUUCAAGUUUACGUCUAGAAUGUCAGCUAAUGGCUGCCACGGAACCUCCGAUCUACGUGUUCUGGUACCGACACGGCCGCAUGAUAAACUAUGAUGAUGAAUCUGGAGUUACAGUGAAAGCAACGAAGAAUGGCUCCACUUUGCUUGUGGAAAAGACGAAGUCCAAUCAUGGUGGAAACUAUACCUGUUCUCCGAGCAACGCGAGGCCCGUUUCCGUGAUGAUUCAUGUUAUCGAGGAAGAGGAGAAGCCAGCCGCUAUGCAGGGCGGCGGUGAUCUUCGAAGCUCCGCGAUAAAAUUCUCAUCCAACUUGGGUCUGACCUUCAUUAUGCUGCUGGUUGUGCACACCGUACAGAAAUACCUCAACAUUUUCAUCCUCCGCUAUACGUGACCAGUCAAUUCAACGCAUACAAUUUUCCAAAAUAUUAAGCAUUAUCGUGCCAUCAAGCCGAUAGACCUAAACUGUAAAACAACUCGACAAGUUGUCCGUUUGAAUUGUUUGCACGAGCAUCGUAUAUGGCUAAACCGGUGAAAGCGCAAAAUUUACCUUCUGUUCGCUCUUAUAAUCGCUACGCCAAACUACGAGGUAAUUGAAAUUCUGACAUGGUGUAAACUUUUGGUAACGAGCAUAAAUUUUGUGGUGCAUUCUUACUCGAUUAGGUCACUUGAAAAUUCAUAAGUCAUAUUCGAUUAACAAUGUGAUACCAUAGAGAAGCAAAAUUUAAUUCGAAACAGUCACGUAUAAGUUUAUAUAGAAUUUAACAGAAUUCACGAUUACAGCGAGAAUAGUACAGUACACUGGUAUCAAAGUAGACUGGUACCCUUGGUGACCGGUGAUAAAGAGUUUAACCCUUAACAGUGACACUUCAGUGGUGGUUCAUAACGGUCAUACGGGCACUGUGACCCCAGAUGACCAUUAAGGGUUAACCGUACUUCACGACAAAAUACGUACUUGUGUGUGGGACUAGUAGUUACAAAUGAUACAAUCUAGUACGAUUUACAUAUUAUAUUGAUUCGAUUUUUUCGGAUAAAAUCUACCAUUUUUAUCGUGUGCAUAUAAUUAUGUAUAGUUUAUAUGUUUGUUUGACCUAAUUAAUAUUAUUGAAUUAUUAUCAACGGAGACAGGUGGGUUUAUUUAGUAAUGGGGGCAUCGUAGCUCGUGGUGAUUUGAAUAGUUAUAAGGUUUACCAUGUAAUUACAUGAGGAGUAGAUAUAGUUAUUUACUUUUCUAAUUUUUCUGGAAGAAUAUUUGUCACUUUGUCUCUUUGUGUGUUGCUAUGGCGAAGGUCACAGACGAAUCUGCACAAGUGUGACUGUUGGCCUAUUUAAGAGUGAAGCGAGUACCUAGGUAGGGUUUGUCGAGGCUGGUAAAACCGGCGAGCAAAUGUCCAAUACUGGGUGCCGACGGUUGGUUACUUCGGGCCGAGAUUGGCUGGUAUAUUGAGCCAACGUUAAUCCAACGUUAAUCCAAUGUCUGGAUUGUGGUGCGAAGAAGCCAACAAUUUACGAGAUGAAACAAUUAUCAUUCAAGAGAAAAACGUAGAUUUGAACACUGACGUGUCAGUAAAGGUGUCGGGUGUGAAAAAUUCUAAAGACAAAUUAACGAUAACUGAUGAUUUGUCUGAAAAAUUCAAAACUGCUAUUCUAACCUCGUCGCUGAUUUACAAAUGAUUGGGAUGCUUCAAGAGAGAAAUUAUGCAUUCUAUGUUGAUCAUCGGGACUCGGCAUAUUGAUUGU